AUGCAGCCCGCGACACCAGCCACGGUACCCCACUGGCAGCAAGUGCGAAGCAUCCAGAUCCUGCUGAUACCACAGCAGAGCCACGAGGAAUUCCAAGAGGAAGUCUUCCGCGGCAUGACGGACAACCUGGACAUAUUCGCGCUCAAGGUGCCGGCUGCGGACACGCGCUGGGAGAAGCUACGAAGCGAAGGCUGGAACAACAUGUACAAGACCAUCGAAAUGGCAAAGGAGUGGUGCUGCAGCGAGAAUCUGCCGUUGAAUGCGCAGGAGGUUGUCGUUUGGCACUUGACCAAGUUGGUGGAGCUGCAGAGGUCCGCCCCGGCCCCGGCCCCGGCCGGCGAGCCGAGCCUCGAAACAUCGAAACCUCCUCCUGCUUCCGGUAACCCGUCAGAGUCCCAAAGCGGAGUCGACGCAGCGACAGCGUAG